AUGGCCAACCUUAAACUGGACAACAAGGACAUCUCAGCCGUCCAGAUGGCUGAAGCGGGGAAUCUCUCGCCCAAGGUGUUCGAUGAGGGCAUCAGCAAUGUGCCGACGAAAUACAGAGGCACAGAUGCCGACAGAAGAGAUAUGACAGUCUUGGGCAAGAAGCAGGUGCUGCGUCGCAACUUCAACUUCAUCACCAUGCUGGGCUUCGCCUGCACCUGCGUGGCAAGUUGGGAAGGAAUCCUCACCUACCUGUACUUCCCCCUCGUCGAUGGUGGCACGCCCCUGUUGUUCUGGGGUUUCAUCGCCUGCGCCAUCGGACAGACCUUGGUCUACGCCAGUCUGGCUGAGAUGUCAUCAAUGUCCCCGACCGCGGGUGGUCAAUAUCACUGGGUGUCGGAAUUUGCUCCGCCCAGUCUACAAAAGAUACUCAGUUACUACUCAGGCUGGCUGACUGCCAUUGGCUGGCAAGUCUACCUCGCCAGCGUGUGCUUCCUGGUCGGAACGCUCAUGCAAGGCCUCAUUGCAUUGAACAACGUCGAUUAUAGCUUCAAGCCUUGGCACGGUACUCUCUUGACCCUGGGAGUAGUGGUGUUCGCUAUCGUGUUCAACACCACUCUCGCCAACCGGUUGCCUAUCAUUGAGGGUCUGAUUCUAAUCCUCCACGUUUUAGGCUUUUUCGCCAUCAUCAUCCCUCUAUGGGUAAUGGCACCCCGACGAUCCACCGAGGACGCUCUGCUGAACUUCACCAACAAUGGUGGAUGGUCAAGCACAGGCCUAUCUGCUAUGAUUGGCCUCCUGGCACCCAUGGCCGUACUUGUGGGCUACGACUGUGCCGUGCACAUGGGUGAGGAGAUCAAGGACGCCUCUAUCACUCUUCCCCGCGCCAUUAUGGGCUCUCUUGCUGUCAACGCCACCCUUACUUUCAUCGUCAUCAUCACCAUCUGCUACUGCCUAGGCGAUCCUGAAGCUGCUGCCGCCUCCACAACCGGCUAUCCCUUCAUCGAGAUGUUAAUCAGCGGAACAAGAUCCUUGGCUGGUACCAACGUCAUGGUAGCCAUUGUUAUCAUUAUGUUGGCAGCCUGUGGCAUUACCGAAGUGGCCGCCGCAUCUCGCCAGAUCUGGGCUUUUGCUCGCGAUCAGGGUCUUCCUGGCCAUCGCUGGCUCUGUCGUGUCUCUCCGGGCUGGAACAUUCCUCUACCGGCUGUGAUAGUCUCGCUGACCAUCUCUGCACUGCUGUCCCUGAUCAACCUCGGUUCGACCGUCGCGCUCAACGCCAUCACCUCGCUCGGGGCCGUUGCUGUCCUCAGCUCUUACUUCCUCACGAUUGGCACCCUCGUCUACCGCCGUGCUGCCGGACCCGAGCUGCCCCCUCGUCGCUGGUCGCUUGGGAAGUAUGGCAUGGCGAUCAAUGUGGCGGCGUUGUUGUUCCUCAUGCCCCUGAUCUUCUUCCUUACCUGGCCCCUUGCCACCCCCGUCACCGCAGCGGGCAUGAACUGGUCGAGUGUCAUGCUUGUCGGAACUUUGACCAUUGCCACCAUUUACUACCUGGUCAAGGGUCGUCACGAGUACGUCGGACCCAGCGUUCUGAUGAAGCGCGAGUUUGAAUAG